GCUGAAACUUCACCGCACUCGAGCACACAUGAACCAGGAUCCAACACAACCCAUCGAGCCGUUUCUCAAAGGCCUUGUGUCAUCGUUGGACCUCAACAACAAAGCAUACCCCAACGUCGAGGCAUAUGCCACGCAAUUUGCCCGUCAGCUUAAGCCAUCCAGUGGGGUUGUGUUGAACGGAAACCCCAUUGUGUCCAACAACUCCAAACUCGAGUUUCAAAAAAACUGGCUUCUGUCGCCCUUAACGUCACAUCAAAUUGGAAAUUUCGACUGCCAUCUAAUCCCUGGUACCGGGACCGUGUUGAUCAACGUAACGGGAAAGGUGCGGUUUGAUGAGUCAGGAAACAGCAGGCUUAAUGAGCUGGCUGAUUUAAUUCAAACGUCUAUAACCGAUCAGAAGAAGCCGGUGUGGGGCUCGUGGUUUGGGUUCUAUCUUCAUUUGGUGGUGGAUGAGACGGUGUUGACCAACAGUGACAGCGAGUUGAUCAACAACUUUGACUACCGGAUCACGUAUAAGCCGAAAGAUAGUGUGGUUGAGAUAUAGCAUAUAAGACAUUUGAGAGUAGAGUAUAACGGUUGAAGAACGUGAAAAGUCUAUUAUGUGUGCAAUCAUACUAUAUCUAGACAUCAACAUUCUAAGUAAUUAAAUCAACAUUUUAAGUAAUUGAAUAACCAUUUUAAGUAAUUAUAUCAACAUUUUAAGUAA